CCUAAUCCUAAUCCUAAUCCUAAUUUUGGUAGCCUCUCCCACUGCUCCUCUUCAAUUCCCCGCCAAAACUUCAUCCAUCCAGUGCAUCACCACCAUCACCACCGCUUAAUCUUCAUAAUAUUGGUUCACCAUUGCAUGACACUAUCUAUCUACUAAAAAUUCCUCGCCGGAAUAGUUAAUUCCACUUUUCUAUUCCUAUCUGCCUUUCUCCCCUUCACCUUACUAUUUUUUCGCACCAUGCAGGUGCCAUAGCUUCCUUUCCUCCCAACCACGAGAAGUAGACGGUCUGGCGGGGUCUUUCAACGUUACACCUCUCCAUCGUCGCUCCUAGAUAAUUCUAAUUUACUCGACGAAGCUGACGAUUAAAACCUGCGCGCCCAUCCAUCUUCUAUCAUCAUGUCUUCUUCCUCAGGCACCCCGGAGUCUUGGAUCUCCUCAUUCUGCUCUCUCCUGGGUCACGAGUAUUUCGCAGAGGUCUCCGAAGAGUUUAUUGAGGAUGAUUUUAACUUAACUGGAUUACAAACUCAAGUGGCAAUGUAUAAGGAGGCAUUAGAGAUGAUACUCGAUGUCGAGCCCGAAGACGAUGACGAAGAAGAUGACGAGGACGAGGAUGAGGAAGAUGAAUCAAUCGAGGGUGUUGAUCGUGUGCGACAUGGGGAACGACGUAACCAUAGCCGGAUAGCGAGCGAUCUCUCUGUGAUCGAAUCAUCUGCGGAGAUGCUCUACGGCCUUAUUCACCAGCGCUUUAUCUGCUCACGAGCAGGUAUCCAACAGAUGUCCGAGAAAUACGAGCUAGGCCAUUUCGGCGUCUGCCCACGCAGCCACUGCGAACUAUCUCGAACUCUUCCCGUCGGCCUCUCCGAUAUACCGGGCGAAGAGACGGUGAAGCUCUUCUGCCCUUCGUGCCUCGACGUCUACGUACCCCCUAACAGCCGAUUCCAGACUGUCGACGGUGCCUUUUUCGGCCGAACCUUUGGCGCUCUAUUCCUUCUUACCUUCCCCGAAUAUGACCUUACAAAACGAGGGGCCGAUGUGCUUGCGAACGCGCGCGUCAGUGAUGACGAUAAGGAGAUGCUAAACGGCAUGUACACAUGCAACAUCGCUCCCGGCUUAGGCAAGGGCAAGAUUUACGAGCCCCGAAUCUACGGUUUCCGGGUUUCGGAAGUUGCAAGAUCUGGCCCAAGGAUGCAGUGGCUACGAGACAAACCGGAUGAUAUUACCGACUUAGACGAAGCACGUCGUUACGCGGAGGAUAAUCCUGAUAGUGAAGAUGAUGACGAGAGCAUGAAUCUUAAUGGACGACCCGUGCGAAGACUACGGCCGCGGAGACGACAUGGUCAAGGAGGAAGCCCUAUGGCGGUGGAGACGAACGGUGCAGAAUCCGAACUCUAGGAGAAAGAGGUGUCUAUUAGCAGUGACCCGGUUGGCGGUGGUGGCGCUGCCAUUUACCCUUCGUAGGCUUCUGCACCUCAACCCAAACUAUAACACCGAAUCGAUCGUGAUUCUACCUAAACAAACUGGAAUGUUUAGGGGGGUCAUGGUCGUAAAUUCAUCCACCUCUACUCUUUAUGUACUCGUCGUUGUCUUAGGCGAUAGGGAAUUAGACGGCAUAGAUGAUUAGUUCGCGAUACCAAAUAGGAAACGGAAUGAAAGGGAUGAAUGAACCCUCUCCUAUUCUUCUUCUCUUACCAUGCAUGGCCGGCGUUGGUAAAUAGUCUGAUGUUCCUAGUCCAGGCCGGCUUUUCUUUGUAGCCUGAUUAGCAUCAAGGGGGGAAGGGGGAUAGGUAACACAAACUUGGACGGGAGCAUACGAGAUGGGAUUUUGUGGAUAUGUAACUCGAGUUGUCGAUUUUGUUUUCUUGAUUCGUACUUCGCACUUCCGGGAGCCGAGGGCUCUUAUAGGUCGUUGUCAAGUACCGUAAUAAACCCAUUAACACAUCUAUCCCACAUACAACCUAGUACGUAUUAAUGUGAAUUUGUUUUCAACACAGAG